AUGGAGCUCAACAUCGCAGGCGGCACCGCCCUCAAGCAGUUCACCAAAGCCCUCACCUGCCUGUCCCGCAUCGGCGACGACCUCGACUUCUCGGCCACCAACCAGCGCCUGUCCGUCUCGACCGUAAACUCGUCGCGCACCGCGUUCGGCAUCGUACACCUGUACCCGCGCUUCUUUGCCGAGUACUACCUCGUCGACCCAGACGCACUCCGCCCCGCAAAGUUCUCCAUCACGGCAAAGCCCUUCCUGUCAACCUUGCGCACAAAGUCGGCCGUCGAGUCGGUCAGCAUCGCCGUCGUCGACUCGGGCGACCGCGCCGGCGACCGUCACCGCGAGCCCGGCGUCGACUCGGGCGAGUGCCGUCUCGUCGUCCACCUCUUCUGCGAGCACGGCGUCCGCAAGAAGCACAGCUUGACGUACAGCGACCCCAACGUCCAGAACUGGGCCCGCUUUGACCUCGACGCGUGCACCUCGUCCUGGACCGCUUCAGCCCGAGUUCUCAAAGACUGGACCGAGCACUUUCAUCUGCGUGCGGGCGCGAGCGGCGCCGCCGACGAGAUCACGUUCUACUGCGGCGAGCGCGACUGUCGCCUCAAGAGCUUUAACGACUCGGGCUUUGACGUCACCAACCCGGGCGAGGCCUACGCCUCGCGCCCGCUCGCGACCGAGCUCCACGUCGACAUCGACGACUACGACGCGUACGACGUGCCCGACCCGCAAGUCGUCACGUUUGCGCUCCGAGAAUUCAAGUCGAUCAUCACGCUCGCCGACUCGGUCCCGGCGGCGCUCACGGCGCACUUCUCGACCGGCGGCCGCCCCCUCAUGCUCCAGCUCGUCGGCGACUACUUCGAGGUCAAGUUUGUCGUUGCGACGACCGACUACGACAGCGGCGGCGGGUCGAGCACGAGCGCGAGUGGGUCACGCGCGGCGACGGCUUCGGGCUCGGGCGCGGCGAGAGGAGGAGCGGGAGCAGGGUCGGGCGCGAGCGGGAGGGGUGCGAGCGCAGCGCCCGUCAAGCGCGAGAAGAGCGAGUCGCUCCCGUUCGCGAGGGUGCCGCUCCGCGACAGCGCACGAGCAGGAGCAGGAGCAGGGGGAGCGCACCGCCCGCUGUUCAACCCGCCGACGCCGUCGCCUGCACCCGACGCACGAGCCGCUCCGGCCCCGGUCGUUGGCGACGACGACGACGAGUACGGCGGCGGCAUGGACGCCGACGCGCUCGGGUUCGACGACGUCGACGCCCUGUUUGCCGAGGUCGACCAGGUGUCGCAGGUGCACCUCAUGGCGAGCCAGUCGCAGCGCGAGCCGAGCGAGGCGCCGCCGCACGACGACGGGCGGCGCGCCGCCGCGCUCCUCGUCAGCGACUCGACGGCGGCGGGGGCGGACGAGAACGACGCCGAGGCGGCGCAGUGGGCGAGGACGACGCAGCUUGGGCCGACGCAGGGCGGCGCGAGGGCGGCGGGCGCAGCUGGAGCGGGAGGAGGCCCGAGCGUCGACGAGCGGGAGCGCGAGGCCAAGCGGGCUCGGUGGAACUUGAUGGGCGACUCGUGAACGAGAAGGGCCCGUCCUCGUCGACUCGUCGCAGCGGCUUUACUUCUGUUGUCUGUACACUCUCUUCUCUCUCGCACGCAAACAGGAUUCUGCCG